GUGGUUGUAAAAAGUGGCGGUUGGUUAAUUAAUGUUCCUAAUGAAGUGAUUACAAUUUGAAAAAUAUUUUUGCAUCACCUCCACUUUAUCCCACGAAUACAAAACGCAGACGGUCCCUGCCAUGGUGACCGUUGAACUGGAAGUAGACCCAUUUUUUGGUAUUAAAAUGAGUGCAUUCAAAGCCAAGCUUUAGUAUGUAGAGGUCCUAAACGGCUUUAGGCACGCGCGUGAGUGACUCACGCGUGUCAACCGGUCUACGCGUCAGCUUGACCGAGGCGACAAACAGCGGCACCGCGUGUCUGUUUUCAGGUGGACAGAGUGAGCUGUCACCGGCACCUUGCUUGCUAUCGCGAGCAGCUCGUCCGCCACAAACUCGUCCAGGCCAGGCUAAACAACCCCCCCACGACACACAUGGCAUGCACUAGCUGAAAGACGACGACAGUGGGACGCGAGGCAGGCACGUUUGUUACUAUGGCGGCGUCGCUGCUCUCCGAGAGCGACAUCAGGCACCGGUCCAUGGCGGAGGAGGAUCCGAACGGUAACGAGCACGGGGCGGCCGCACACAGCUCGGCGCCCCGCUGGGGACCGCAACACGCUGGAGCCCGGCAGCUGGCUCGGCUCUACUCUCCCGGUAAGCGUCUCCAGGAGUGGGUUUGCGUCAUAGUGUGCCUCGUUCUCUUCGUUCUUAACUUCACCUUGCUCCUCCUGCACUUCUCCGCCUUACACGUCUACAAGAUCAUCCCCGGUGUCGUUCUGGGAAUAUUGACAGCAGACUUUGCAUCAGGGAUGGUACACUGGGGGGCGGACACUUGGGGAUCUGUUGACAUCCCUCUGAUUGGCAAGGCAUUUAUUCGGCCGUUUCGGGAGCACCACAUAGACCCGACAGCCAUCACUCGCCAUGACUUCAUUGAAACCAAUGGCGACAACUGCAUGAUCCCUAUUUUGCCGCUGGUGCACAUGGCCUACAAGUUUUCCACUUAUACACCAGAGGCCUUGGCGGCAUCCUAUCCCUGGGACUGCUACGUCUUUGCCCUGGCCGUUUUCGUCACCUUGACCAACCAGAUUCACAAGUGGAGUCACUCCUACUUCGGGCUCCCGCGCUGGGUCACACUGCUGCAGGACUGGCACGUGGUGUUGCCACGGAAACACCACCGCAUCCACCACGUCUCGCCACACGAGACAUACUACUGUAUUACUACAGGCUGGUGUAACUAUCCCCUGGACCAGCUGGGCUUCUGGAGGUGCAUGGAGCAUCUAAUCGAGCGUCUGACGGGUCAAAAACCUCGAUCGGAUGACCUGGCAUGGGCCAAGAAGACUGACUGAAGGAUGAAUUCAAAGAUAGACAUAAAAGAAAAAAAACCAGAUUUUUUUCAAAAGAAAGCACAUGCCCUGUAUGUUCUACUUGUGUUUAAAUCCUUCCCCUGUAUUUGCUAAAAUUUCUCGGUAUGCACAGUUGUAUAGUCUAGUUACAAAAAAAAUAGUUUCAAACGCCAACAUUCGCUAGACUGGUAACAACCAAUCAGCUUUCUGAAAGGCCAAUUAAGGCAGUCAAGUGUGUCGGUAUCCAGGUGUAGGAAGCAACUGAAGGAUGGGCUCUCCAGGGGUGAUAGAUACCGUGCUGCCUAAAACACACAAACACACAACACACGUAACAUUGACUAAAAUAAUUAUCAUACCUCUUAUUGUAGUUAUGCACAAAAGUUCAUAAUAAUAAACAGUAUUAAACUUGAAAUUAUAUUUCCUCACUGCUUUACAGUAAAAUUGAGUAUUUAGUUAAAAUAGGCACACAACAUGUUUGGCAAGUCAAAUAAUGAAGCUAGAAGCUGUUUUUGCAUGACACUUCUACUCAAAGAGUUGAAUAUAAUAGGCUUUAGUCCUCCUUUACAUCAGUGGUCCCUGACCACCCAGCCGCACCACCGUACUGUUCCAUCAGGCUUUUUUUUUAACAGGCUGCUCAGAAAGAAUAAUUCAUGAUAUUCCCGUUGUAAUGAUGAGUAGUGUCUGAAAGGUGUUCUAUUUUGAAAAACAUUUUUUUCAAUGUAACAUUGGCCUGUGCCUACGCUUGUCUGAGUGGUUAAGCAAUAUAGUGAGUUAUAAUUUUUAGCCACUUAAUGUUUUCCGAUAUUUUAACGCUUUCAGGGUCAGUGUCACGACAGUGGACCGCUAUUCAAAAGUUUAACCCUUUAUAGAGCAAGUCA